AUGAAAUCAUCAACCCGUCUCAGAGAUUCCAGACUUUUCCCAAGACAUUUUCAUUGGAUUAUAUUUAUACUGACAGUAAUAUUUAGAAUUCGUUAUGUUAUAAACAAAGACAAUUGGUGGAUUCUACAUCCAGAUGAGAUUUACCAAACACUAGAAGUUGCUCACUCAGAACUGUAUGGAUUUGGAUUUCGACCUUACGAAUACCUCCAACCACCAGAUUUGAAUGACCCGAACAUUACCAUUGCCAGAAAACACGAAUACCAUCUCGGGAUGUACAGUCUGAGGUCUUUCAUUAUUCCAAAGAUUUAUACAUAUGUUGGGUACUGCUUUCUGUAUUUUGGAUACAGUGGAAGUUUAUUCGUGAUGUGGAAAGUGUUUCACACUGCUGUAUCGUCACUGUUGAUUUUAUCAGUUUAUAAGUUCACCACGUGUAUGUAUGGAUGCCAUGAUACUGGAGUUCUCUCAGCUUUUAUGUGUGCAUGUUCUAUUCACUUGAAUAUCAUGUCAACACAUACUUUAAUCAACAGCUUUCUGUCCCCGUUCGUGUACUUAAUACUAGCCGAUGUCCUCGAACGAUCUUCUUCCGGAAUGGUAACAACAACCAAACAUAACAAUGAGAACAACUCAGCCAAUAACAACAACGAGUAUUAUAGUCGAUUUAUUAUCGCUAUUUUCCUUGGCAUAAGGGAUGAUUAUGUUAGUUAUGGUUCAGUUAUUUUAUCACCAUGGCAAUGGAUUAAAUUCAACGUUGGUGGGAAUUUAUCAUCAAAAUUGUUUGGAGUCGAACCAACUUUGUUUUAUGUACGGAUAUUGUUGUUAGAUGAUUGGAUCAACUUCCUACUUCUGACUUUAAGCAGCUCCCUUUUUCUGCUGUUUGCAGUUUAUACCGUCCUUAUUCGUCAUAGAGAUUCAAGUCCAAUAGUAAUGUUGGAAGUCAAAUUGACUAAGCAAUUAAUGUUAAUAGUAUUUUGUUUGUUGUGUUUGUACUCGUCAAAAGGACACAAAGAAAUUAGGUUUGUUCACGACGUAAUUCCGUUGAUACUUAUUUUAUACAGUAGAAUUAUUUUGGUAGUUUGUGAACUAGGAGUUAAACUGUGCAAAAGUAAGCAGUGUCUGUAUAUGAUUCUAAUAUUAACUGCAGCUAUCCAAUGGAAGACAUUUAUUUCUCUUGAUAAAUACAAAAUAUCAAAAUGGAGUUACAGAGGAAUUGAUAAUUCAAAUCACGUGAAUAAAUGCCUUGAUUUCAUUAGUCGACAGCAAAACGUCACAGGUGUAUUUCUAGACGCCGAUUUUCAUAUGUCUGGGGGCUUUUCAAUCCUUCGGCACAAUGUUUCAGUCCUAGCACUUAAUCAAAAAGAAUAUUUCAAGUUCGAAGAAGACGCACGGAUAACCGUGAAAUCAAAUUUCAUCAGCAAUGGCACACAUUCAAUAUUUACUUUAAGUCGUGUUUCCGAUUUUAUAUCAACAAGCAACCAACGAUAUCUUUGGAAAAGUAUCAUAGAAGAUUCAAGUAUCAAUUAUCUUAUUGUUACAGGUAGAAGACUCUUAAAAAAUUCCGCAUUCGUUGAAAUAUAUACAUCUGGGGAUUUUAAAUUACUCAAAAGAACUUUCGAUUCUAUGGAGGAGCUAGCCGUUUAUUCAAUGUCAAAUGCCACAUCAUCGGUUGACAACUCAGAUAUACUAAAUAUGGAGGCAGACUGGCUUAUAUAUUAUGGAUCAUAUGUGACAGCAAAGGAGAGGCUGACAUACAUUUUGAAAAUCGAUGAACGAAAUCUGAAGUCACACCAGCUAUUGAUACAAUUAUAUCAUAUUAAAAGUGACAAUAAAGCAGCACGCGCUUCUUUACAGAAAUGCAGGAAAUAUCAUGAUAGGAAAACAUGUCUUCUGACCCCAAACCAUUUCAAUAUGAAAUAA